AUGAAUUACGAGCGUAUGGCAGCCGAGAUUCCUACUCUCUACCGGCUAUCUAGGGAGUCCAAAGAGGCUGAUCUCCUCAAUGGUCUUUUAGGCUGGGUCCGCAACGACACCUUUGGGAAAGUGGCAGAAGUCUGCGCUCUCUGGGGUGCAAUCGUCCAGGCCAAUAAGUACCUUGCCAAGGUCGAUCGUACGCUGCAAUCACGUACAAUUGAACAUGAGCACUUCAAUCUCAAAGAAGUUCUGAAUUCAGAGUUGAAGCAGGCCAAGGAAAUGAUGGCUGCUAUUCCUGGUGGCAGAUGUGCAACUACAGUCACUACCGAUGAGGAUUUUUCUCUUGCUAUUAAGCGGUUGAAGUAUCUCCGCGAAUAUAGAUAG